AUGGAGUUUGUGGCAAAUCAAUUCUCUUUAUUGGAAUUUUUUGGUAAUUUCGUUGAGAGGGUCAAAUGGGUUGGUGUCCUCAUCGUCUCAGUUGUCAUCGGGAAUAUCUUUUCUGCGAUCUUGACUUUCUGCUUCGCAUUUGUGGGGACUUUUUUGGGAGCUAUGACUGGAGCCUUCAUAGGGCAAGAAACUGAGAGUGGCUUCAUUCGAGGUGCUGCUGUUGGUGCUAUGUCAGGAGCUGUUUUCUCAAUUGAAGUUUUUGAAUAUUCUCUUGAUCUUUGGCGUUCUAAUGAAUCUGGAAUUGAUUGUCUCUUAUACUUGAUUGAUGUUAUUACUAGUCUAAUAAGUGGGAGACUUUUACGUGAAAGGAUAGGUCCAGCCAUGUUGAGUGCUGUCCAAGGUGAGAUAGGUGAUGAUGAAAUGACCCUUUAUGAGUUUCAAAACUUCUAUGACAUUGACGAUACAAGAGGUUUACCAGUAGUUUUAGUUGAAAAGAUUCCAACAAUCUCAAUCACAAGUAACGAGAAUUUUGAUGCUUCUGGCGAUAGAGUUUCAUGUUCAGUAUGCCUUCAGGACUUGCAAGUUGGAGAGAGCGUUAGAAGGCUGCCCCAUUGUCAUCAUAUGUUUCACCUACCUUGCAUUGAUAAGUGGCUCAUCAAGCAUGGUUCUUGCCCACUAUGUCGAAGAGAUGUUUAA